UCACUUGGUCUUCUUAAUGUGGCGUCAUCCCUCGAGAAAGAAUGAAAACAAGCAGUCCCCUGGUUUCACUUAUAAAUCGGCAAAGUCAGCAGCGUGCUUAGGAAUCUACCGAAGGAGAGUAGGAACGAGCAGGGAAGAUACAGGGGCGUCCACCACCUUUUCUUCCAUCCCCCUUCGGUUCUGUAUAUUAUCGCCUUAUCGCUUCUACACGCGCACAUCGAAGCCUCUCUCUUGCUCAGUUCAGCCGGCGACGGCGUCCGGCAUGGGAGUUUCUGUCUCGUUUCCUGCUGGUUCCUUCUCUGUCUGCCUCAUCCGUGAAGAAAUUACCCCGUUGGCCUUCCAGAAUUGGUGUUUUUGUUCAACGUUUGUUUUUCUUUUCAUUGAAGACCGAAUUGGAGGUUGUCACUUGCUAGCCAACUUACCUCAAGCCGUCUUUGGAACGCUCAAGCACCCUGGUCAGCACGCCUUGUUUCCUCAAAAUAUUCCUCCUGUAAUCUUUGAGUAGUGUGUUCGUAACGCUCAAGCACUAAGAUUUGAAAAUCCUGUAUUUUACGUAUCCAUGCGAUCGAGUCCUUGGUCGAAAAUAUGCAUUCCUGACCCGCACGCAAGAUGUUUCACAGAAUGCGCGACAGAAGUUAAUGCUAAAAUCAAGAC